GCGGGACGAGGAAGUGGGUGCGAGGCGCGGGGCGCGGGCCGUGCGCGCCGCCCGCUCCCUCCCAGCCCCGAGCGCAGCGGGCGCGGCGCGGUGCCCAAGCCGGUGCGGAGCCGCCCGGCGCAGCCCCAGCUCCUGCUCCGGUGACCCCAGAGAGGGAGACCUCGACCCCAUAACUUGACGGGAGCAGGUGCCGGCUGUGGAGAGGGCCUCGGCGGCUUCUCCUGAGAUCCCCUCCGCGUAGCACCACGGCCAGCUCAGCGCCACGCUCUCACGCCUCGGUCCCCAUGCCCAGCCUGGAGAGUGGAGGGCUGCCCCAGCCGCAGGAGGAAGCUGGCUCCUCGGGGCCUUCCGAGGGCUGGAGUCGGGGCCGCCAGCCCGGCCUGCAUCCUGCCUGCAGCUCUUCUUCAUUCAGACCCGCGCCCCACGCCUACGCGACCGCUUGAUCUAUUUCUAGAAGACGGUGUUGUGUCGGCCACUGGAGCCCCCGACGUGGACACUUGCCUCGGGCACUCUUGGGAGUCUGGAGCCCAGAGGCUGGAGCCGCAAGACCGGGGGAGGGCGGGAGCAGGCCCACGAUGGCGCCCAAUGGCACCGCCCCCUCCUGUGGCCUGGAGUCCUCCGUGUCCAAGGUCCCCAUCAGCCUGGUGCUCUCGGUCCUCAUCCUCAUCACCGUCGCCGGCAACGUGGUGGUCUGCCUGGCCGUGGGCCUGAACCGCCGGCUCCGCAGCCUCACCAACUGCUUCAUCGUGUCCUUGGCGGUCACCGACCUGCUCCUCGGCCUCCUGGUGCUGCCCUUCUCUGCCAUCUACCAGCUGUCCUGCAGGUGGAGCUUCGGCCGGGUCUUCUGCGAUAUCUACACCAGCCUGGACGUGAUGCUCUGCACGGCCUCCAUCCUCAACCUCUUCAUGAUCAGCCUCGACCGCUACUGCGCCGUCACGGACCCACUUCGAUACCCGGUGCUGGUCACCCCGGCUCGGGUGGCCGUCUCCCUGGCCUUCAUCUGGGUCAUCUCCAUCACCCUGUCCUUCCUGUCUAUUCACCUGGGCUGGAACAGCAGGGGUGAGACCAAGGGCAACGGCACUGCCCGCAGGUGCCAGGUGCAGGUCAACGAGGUGUACGGGCUGGUGGACGGGCUGGUCACCUUCUACCUGCCUCUCCUGAUCAUGUGCGUCACCUACUACCGCAUCUUCAAGAUCGCCCGGGAGCAGGCCCGGAGGAUCAACCACAUGAGCUCCUGGAGGGCCGUCACCAUCAGGGAGCACAAAGCCACCGUGGCGCUGGCCGCCGUCUUGGGCGCCUUCAUCAUCUGCUGGUUCCCGUACUUCACGGUGUUUGUUUACCGAGGGCUGAAAGGGGACGAUGCAGUCAACGAGGUGUUCGAAGCCAUCGUGCUGUGGCUGGGCUAUGCCAACUCGGCCCUGAACCCCAUCCUGUACGCCACCCUGAACAGAGACUUCCGCACCGCCUACCAGCAGCUCUUCCGCUGCAGGCCCGGGGGCCGCGGCUCCCACGAGGCUUCCCUGAGGCUCGGCAGCUCUCAGCUGUCACGGGGCCAAAGCCGAGGACCCAGGUGGCAGGAGGAGAAAGCCCUGAAGCUGCAGGUGUGGAGCGGGACGGAAGUCACUGUGCCUCAGGGAGACACAGACAGGAAGCCGGCGCUGUCCUGCACGGUGUGCUCCACCAGCCUCCUGAACUGCUGCAAGAGCCUGUGGGGGCUCCGGAUCCUUCAGAGGCAUCAGCGACGCCCCUCAGAGGAGCUGUCGGUGGAACCGCUGCCCGAGGAGGCCCCAGCGGCGCUGUCCCAGGAAGCUGUCUAGAUCCGGCUCCAGGACCCUGAACAUUCUGCCCCUGCUCACCAGAGUUUGCCCUCUGGGGCCCCCGAGGACCCAGCCUCCAAAGCCGCUGAGAAGGGGCCUCCCAGAGCACACGGUGGGUGCCGUGGCACCAGACCCAGGGCUGAAACACCCUGUUCUGUGCUUAGCUUCCCAGACUCGUGCUCGGGACUCCUCUGUGCUGAACUCCACGGGUCCAAAGCUCACGCUGGUGCUGGCCCUCAGUGUCAUGAGCAGGGACAGUGGGACAUCGGGAUGCAUGCAUGUGUGAGUCUGUGCGCGUACGUGUGGGACCGUGAGCGUCCUCUGAGCAGGGCAGAGAGUGCUGCAUGAACCAUCGGCCUUUCACCCUCUUGUGGGUCUGCAGGAUGAAGGGAAGGGAGGAGGAGGGAAGGGAAGGAAACCGCCUUCCGUGAACACUGACAACGAGCAGGUACCUCAACUGUGGAGCUCUCAAAGUCCUGUCCCAUGUCCUUAGGGAAAGGGCCACCAUCCCAGCCUCCCCAAAGUAGAAGCUGAGGGUCAGAGAACUAUGGGGCCCACUGGGGCCACUCUGCUAGAGUGGAAGGGGCACUUAAAAAGUAUUUUGGGAUGGAUGGGCAGGUGGGUGGGAAGCCAUGCCCUGUCCCUAUGCUCCCUGCCUCUUGGGAGAGGUGAAGCAAUUGUCAGCCUUCCCUCUCCUGGCAAAGCCUAGCGCCCUGGGGCCCUGGGGCCUUUCCUGCUAAGGUCUGACCUCUCUGCUGCCUAUCAUCAGCAAGAAGUGGACUUCCUGAGCAAACUGUCUGCUGGGCGCCAGGCAAGGACCCCAGAGGCAAGGUCCCGCGUGGAGCUGUUGGCCACUGGCGCCCUCUGCUGGUUGUGCGACCCCGGGGAACAUCUCCUGACCUCUCUGAGCAGCUCUUUACUCCUCUGUUCAAGGGGGCAAGUUGCGCUUCUGUAUUUACAGGCUGUGGAAGAGCCCCAGGAGGUGGGGAGGUGAGAGCCCCAGAGGCUUGAGGGCGUGGACGGCCUUCUCCGCCCCGGGGGCUCCCGGGCAGCACCUCUCUUCCCUCCCUGGCACCCUUCCCUUGGCUUCCACAGCACCGUCCUGUUUCCUCCCUCGCUGUCCACCUAGGACUUUCCAGUCCUCCUUGAGCUCAUCACCCUCUGUCCAGCCGCUAGAGGUGGCUGUUCUCCUGCACUCAGUCUGCACCCUCCUGUGACAUGACUGUGUCUCCUCUGUGACUUCCUCUACACCAGGGCCUGUUUUGAGGCACCAGGAGACUACACACAGACCCAGGUGUAGGCCAGGCCCCUCAGGGUGCUGUGACCCCCCCACCUGGCACCACCUCCACCUGGAGGUUCCCAAGACCCCUCCCCACCCGAGUGUCCAUACCUACGCUGCACCGUGUCUCCACUUCUGCUCCCCAGGUUCCACUUGUCAGGCAAAACCCCCAGAAGCCGGGGGGGCCUCCUUUGCCUGCUUCCCCAGGCCCCACAGGGGUCCACCCUCCUGCUGAUUCUCUGCCCUGCUGUCACUCCAUCCCCAGCCCUGGGCUCCAGUAGGACAAUUGGAACAGCUUCUGACGCCUCCCUCCACGUCCCCACCCCCUUCCUCCAGCCCACUCUCCGCGCGAGGCGGCCAGAGCCCGUGGCCCACUGGUGCUGAAGGUGCCCGCAUGCCCAGCCACCGCCUCCUACGCUGCACCCCUCCCUCCUUCACUCGGGCCCUACUGGCCUGUGCCUCUUGGUUUUUGUGCCUCACUGCUCUUUCCAGCACCCAGGCAUGCACAGUGCUGUUUCCAUGACGACAUGCUCUGGUCCUUGGGUCAACCGACUUCCCGAGAUCUCAGCUACCAAGGCCCUUCCUUGAGGAGGGCUUCCUUGUCUCUUCAGGGUAGGUCAGACCCCUCCACACACCCUCAGAACUUCCUUGGAAGCCACUGGCAUGGUGGUGACGAUACUGCCGCUUGUGUGACUCGUGGAACGUCAUCUGCCUGCACUGCUCAUGAGUUCUAGUGACAGUUCUCAGUCUAGCCCCUAGAAGAGUGUUUGGCACACAAUAGGAGCUGAGUGAAAGUUUGUUAGAUGAGCGAGCAGACAAUAUAAAGAGUGCAGAGUAUGGUCAAUGGCUUACCUGCCAAUAACUCGCAGACAUGAUUUGCCCUGGUGAGCCCCAAGGGUGCUUAGUCUCUGGGAUGUUCCUUCUGGAAGUCCCAGAAACCCCUCUUUGGAAGUAUUCCCAGUAGUCUGAGGCAGGUGGGUCUCCGAGUCAUGCCAAGUAUUUGUAGGCAUAAGAUCUACAGUGCAAGCAAACUGCCUGACCACAGGCACGGCCAAUCAGGGCUCCGACCCCAGGUGCCCACGAGCCACCUGCCACUGCAGAGGACACCUUCAACCUGCAUCUGGGCUAUCCCUGCCCUUCUGGGGGCCUCCUGGAGACUGCUGGCUGCAGAAGUAGGGUACCUGCUGCCCAGAAGGGGAGCCUAUGUGGGGGCCUGAGUCAGUGUGUCUCUAUCAUGUUCCA